AUGUACGCCGAAGCCGAAAAUCAAGACCAGCUUAAAGAAGAACCAAACAGCUAUUCUAUUCUCACCGGCUACAUGCAGCCGCCGCCCAAGCUGGAGGACUUUUUCGCAGUGGCCGGCGGCGGCGGGGACCCCGUGGAGGCCCAUGACGACUCGUCCCUGACUCACAUCUACGACCAGGUCCACCACGGCCAGGCGGCAGCCUACUACGAGCACCAGGACCUGAAGGCCUUUGCUGGGUUUCAAGCCUUUUCGGCCAACUCGGGAUCAGAGGUGGAUGACUCGGGGUUCGGGGGCCAGACUCAGUCGCCGGUUGAGUCGGGGACCGAGUUGGUGGCCUACUCUCAGACUCAGUGCAACGUUAACGCAAAUAAUGGUUUAACUCUUGGGGUGAACAAUGGCUUUGGCACUGAGAAUGAGAAUAAUUAUAAUAAUAGUAAUUUUAAUAAUAACAACAACAACAACAACAACAAGAACACGACUAUUGUUUGUGCUGCCGAUGAUGAAAACUCGGCGAGUUGCAAGAAAGUUGCUGAUACUUUCGGGCAGAGAACUUCAAUUUACAGAGGGGUAACUAGGCAUAGAUGGACAGGGAGAUAUGAAGCGCAUCUAUGGGAUAAUAGCUGUAGAAGAGAGGGCCAAGCAAGGAAAGGGCGUCAAGGUGGAUAUGACAAGGAAGAUAAGGCUGCAAGGGCGUACGAUUUGGCCGCGCUCAAAUACUGGGGUACAACUGCCACCACCAAUUUCCCGAUCUCGAAUUAUACCGCAGAGCUCGAGGAGAUGAAGCAUGUCACUAAGCAAGAAUUCAUAGCCUCACUCAGAAGGAAGAGUAGCGGUUUCUCGAGGGGAGCAUCGAUCUAUAGGGGUGUUACAAGCAGGCAUCAUCAGCAAGGCCGUUGGCAAGCAAGGAUCGGCCGUGUUGCCGGUAACAAAGAUCUCUACCUCGGAACAUUUGCCACGGAAGAGGAAGCUGCGGAGGCUUACGACAUAGCCGCCAUCAAAUUCCGCGGCACAAACGCCGUCACCAAUUUCGAGAUGAGCCGUUACGAUGUCGACGCGAUCACCCGGAGCCCACUUCCGAUCGGCGGCGGGUCUGCCAAGCGACUCAAGCUCUCCCUCGACGGAAAACCGCCUCUGACCGCCGGAGGUCAAAUUCCGGCAGGCGGCACCAUCAGCUUUUCCGACGUGCAGUCAUCGAGCUCCGGUGGACUCAUCCCGUGUGGGGUUCCUUUCGACUUAGCCGUGCCCCCUUUCUAUCAGCACCACCACAACAACUACCUCUACCACCACCUCGGACUUGGAGGGCCCGACCCGGUUACUGCUGCCGCUGGGAGUCAGAUGCAGGGGCCCGAGUUCUUCAUCUGGCCCCACCAGUCGUAUUAG